UUCAUGUUCAUUAGUCAUAGUUAAUUGUUGGCUCGGUUUUGUAAUUUUCUUUCAUUUUUAAUUUUCGACAUUUUUUUUGUUUUCAUCAACAACUAUGGACUCUAAAUUUGGUUAUCCAGAUCUUUCACCUUCUGCCCCAUCACCACAAUACCAACAAUUACCUCCUCCACCACCUUAUUCAAGUGCGGAAAAUUAUUCAGUUCAAGCUUCACCUUAUCCUGGUGGUCCAUCUCAAUCUCAGCCACCUUCUUAUCCUCCUCCACCACCCGGUAUGGCCUCAUCGCCAAUGUUAGUUACCGUUGGUCCAGCAGGUUUCGGUGCGUAUCCUCAAAAUAUGCUCUGUCCAUCAUGUAAUCAAACUGUCAUCACCACGACUAACCACAAAGCCGGUAUUUUGACCUGGUUGGCAUCGGCUGGUUGUUGUCUUAUCGGUUGUUUCCUUGGUUGUUGUCUUAUCCCUUGUUGUACUGAUUUCACUCGAGAUGUUGAACAUUCGUGCUCGAAAUGCGGUAGAAAACUUGGUUUACAUCGACGAAUCUAAUUAAUGAUUUUGGAUCAUGGAAGAUACAAGAAAAAAACUUAUCAUAUCGAACAUAAUUGAAUAAUUACAAUCAAUCGGAAUGUGAUUAUCAAACAUGCACAAAAAACAGAUUGAUUUUCAUUAUUUGUGAUAAAAUUAAUUUUGAUUGUUAAAAGAUUAAUUUUACCAUCAAAAUUUACUAUGUCGUCCAUCUUAUUGUAUUACAUUAGUGUAAUUAAUUUUUUAACCAAUUUACAAUAGUCAAGGAUAAACAUGGACCUUACAGGCAUGUGAUCGACUAAAUUGUUAAUGAUUAUGUUUCUUGUGAAACUUAAUUUUACCUUUUAUUGGACAAUUAAAUUAGUUUAAUUAUCAAUUUAA